AUGAACAAAUCAUUCUCAUUUACCGUUUUAAUUCUUAUCGUCGUUCCUGUGCUAGUAAUAGGAUUGGUGGAUGGUAUAUCAGAAAGACACCCAACAGAGGGGUGGUGUAAAAUGCCUUUACCUGACCAAAAAGCCGGGCGAUGUAACCAAGACCGUUGUUUGGACAGGUGUAGAUCGCAUCCUAAUUUUAAGUUUAAAGGAGGGAAAGCAAUGGGUACUUGCACAAGUAGUAAUACUUGCUUUUGCACUUAUCGUUAUCGAUAG